AUGAACACUUCCCGAGAUUCAUGCUACAGGUGGCAACGACCGGGGGAUUUGGCGCUCAACGGGUUCGACAAACGGCACUCUGUUUUCACGUGGGGAACCACAUGGGCGUGGGCAUGGAACAUAGGGUGGGCCUACUCGCUUGCGCUAGCGGUUCCUCCACAGGGGGGCCCAAAGGCGGAGAGAUUCUUCCCCAAGAAGAGCCUCGGGCAUCCCUGGCGGUUCUACCAGUGGUACAAGGCGACGCCAUGGGCCUUCCUCCAAGAAGUGUUCCGAGCGGAAUUCAUAUCCGGUCUGUCGCCGCCUGCUGCCCAAGAAUACCACGCUCAGCUGGUGCAGUAUGCCGCCAAUGAACCAAGGCUCCAAGCAGCAAGGCUCCAAGCAGCAAAAUGGUACAGACUUGCGCUCCAACAGCUUGCCAAGCGGGGUGAGGAAGAGGGUUCUCUGCCCGAUAUGGCCGAGAGCGGAGAGCCCCAGGACGCAGUGACUGUGACUGCGGUCGGGGGAGCGGCCCCUCAACCGGGUCAACAUGACAAACGUAAAGCUCCGGAGACUGGCAGCACUGAGAGUGCGGUCGAAGGAGCGGCCCCUCAACUGGGUCAACACAGCAAACGGAAACCUCGGGAGACUGGCAGAACUGAGAGUGCGGUCGAAGGAGCGGCCCCUCAACCGGGUCCACAAAGUAAACGCAAACCGCCCGAGGCUGGCAG